AUGAACUUUCCUGAUAUGGAUUCACUCAGAUCUCGCCAGGCUUCUAUAGUAGCAUCAAACUUUCGAGUUAAUGACAGGGCAUCUGUGAACGAGAGGGGGUCUUUGCGUCGACCAACAAUGACGCAAGACUCGCGACGACCCACAAUUACUCGCCCAGAAGAGGUAGCAAAGUCUGCGUUUGGGGACGAUAAUGACAAAGACGAGUCCUUUUUGGUUGAUGCAAGUCUGAUGCAACGAACUAAAUCUGUGCUGUUUAACGUCUUGUUCUUCACGGUAUAUGGAAAUCAUUCCUCCACUGUGUUGGGGCUGCUGGCUAUGGUGAUUGAAGAUCUCCAAAUCCCAGUUUUCUAUCUAUCGUCGCGUCUCUCUGCGGUCUACUACGUACCUGAUGUGGUCGGGAAUGCUGUAGAAACCCGUUAUGAGAAAUAUGGAAUCACACUCUUCACCGCUUUCUUCGGAGUCGCAGCUGGGCUGGUUUUCCUCACCGCACUCAACAUUCUAUGGGUUGCAUAUGGGUUUGUUCGAGGACACCACAAAUAUGUCUGGCCGAUAACGACACUUCGGUUGUUGGGAGCUUUUGUUCCAACCGUACUCUUCAUACCCAUUUUGGACAUUUUGACUACAUCCUUUGAUUGCAGUGACUCAGUUACGACUGGAUUCGGCAGUCUCGCGUGUACCUCCGUCACCCGAAUGCCAUUCAUAAUAGUCUCGUCUGUGACAAUUUUCACCUUUCUGCCUGUAACUUUCUUGAUCAAUCUGCUCUUCCUCGAUGCAGACCCGGUUAACAAAGAUCCCGGCGCCAAGACCCACGGUCGAGUUGAGAUCGUGUAUGCGGUGUUGAAGACUAUCCUUUCAUUCGUGUGGAAAGUCAGUCCUGAUGGCAACAUGUUGGCCAAAGUUGGUGUGGUGCUAUGUCUAUCACUGACAAUGCUUCUGUUCUCGAUCUUUUACUACCCUUAUUACAAUUCGAGGAUCAACCAUAUGAGGAUUGCAACCUACUUUGCUUCAACAUGCCUCGGUCUUGUAUCGAUGGUCGCUACAGUCAUAACCUUUUACACUGGAGCCUCGCAAGGGCCGUCAGUGUACAUGUUGCUUCUCUCCGCCUUUUUUCCAGCUUGGAUUGUUGGCUACUUCGGAUCUCAGACAUGGCUCAGCUACAUUCAACAAUCAACAAUGACACGUCUUGCAGCAUACACAGAAGGAAAGACAGAAUAUCCAGUAUUUUGGGUUUGGCCUCAUGUUGAAAUCGUCGCCCGUAGCUUCAUUGCUACGUUGAACGCUCGAAACCGACACCCAAAGCCGCAACAACGCGACUCUAUUUUGAAUGUCUUCAAACAUGGUCAAAAGGAAUUCCCGCAUCAUAGCUACAUGCAUGUACAAAGAGCAACAUACUAUUUGUAUGUUGGUGCCUCUAAGAACGAGUUCAACAAGGCUCUUAAAAAAUCAGAGGAGCUACACCCUGCUUUUGAUGGCCAAUUUCAAUGUCAUUUCAUGUCGCAAAUGAACAACCAAAACCAUCAAGCAACCUUCCUGGGUCCUGAAAUUCGACUAGACGUUGCUUCAUUUGCUGAGUUUCGUAAAUUGGACAAGACUGCCAAAGUCAACCAUCAAUUGGCACUGCAAUGGCAAAAGGUGUUGUGGCAAUCUGUGCAGAGAUCUCAUGUCACACUCGAAUACUUGGAAGCAAUAUCGGCCGAAUUGUAUGCACGCUCAGAAGAUGCCAAUGAAGCUUACGGACAGUUGGUCACUCGUUUCCCAAAAUCUGAAGUUUUGCUAAGAUUUUACGCUAAAUGUCUUGAGGUGACAAACGAGGCUGUAAAAGCAGCAGCACUACUGGCUAGAGCCGAUGCUCUAGAAGAUGAAUCGAUCUGCGAAAUCCCUCUGCAGUGGGAGGAUGUCAGCGAUGGAGAGCCACCACGGCUUUUGGCCACUGUUGUUGAUCAAGACGAAGCUUCGGAAAUCAGGACUAGUCCCAACUUGCCCAUGGCGAAUGGACCGGAUGAGGACUCACAAGACGACAAUAAAGGAAAACCACCUUCUCGUCAAGGCAGCAUGAGUUCUCGGGGGUCUCGAACUGAAAACAGACAGCAACAAAUGAACCAACAAUUACGAGCUUCUUUGCUGCAGCGAAAUCUGGGAGACUUGAAAAUCGUUACUGUAGCUGCGUGGAUGAUUGGUAUUGUGUCAAUUGCUAUAGUGGUAGCUUCGUAUGUGGUCAUUUCUCAGAGCGGAUUCUCAAACACUGGACUGUCGUAUUUACAUUGGCUUGAUGCUCGGGAGUAUUUAACUCCAAUUUUGUAUCGGCGAGCUCGUCAACUUCAAGAUGCUUAUGCAGCGAAUGAUCACACCACUUUCACAAGUGUGCAGUCAGUAUUGGCCGCUGAAGCAGCAGAAUUCGAUACCAUCAACAAUGCCCUAUUGGACAACACUGACUUGUCUAACGCAAUUGCCGAAUUUUUCUAUGCUGAUUCGUCGACGCCUGUCCUGGUGUCGUUCUAUCCCACUCAAACUGACCGCAUCUGGACGAAUUACUCCUUAUACGAAGUCGGGCAAAGACUCGCUGCUUCUGGUCUUCAAUUAUCAACUAUGGAUUUCCCCUCGUUUUCAAAUAUUACAUACAAUAACUACUUUCGGUUUAUUGCCGACAACUUUUACCUUUUGCAAUUUGAAGCUUAUGAAGCAGACGUGAAUGAAUUAUACUUCACUAAACAAGCUCAAAUCAUUCAAAGCGCAACUUCAGUCACAAUUGGGUUGACUGUCUGCUUGAUUGUGGUGGUGUUGACUGCCCUGCUGAUCCUUGACUAUCGUGUUCAGAUCUUCCGCAAUAAGCAACGUCUAACACUCGAUAUUUUCAAGAAAGUGCCCAAGGGCUCAGCACAAGACAUCAUUCAGCGGCUAGAGGAAGCUCAAUCUGAAGAUGUCUUUGGAUCAGACACUUUGAGUUUUGAAGCCAGAUCUGCUUUGGAAAUGAAGAUCAGAGGUGGUUCUAGUGCAAGACUUUAUGUCCGCCUUCAGACAGCGUUUUAUGGAUUAACACUGACUGCACUGGUCUGCGUUUUUGCCGUGACCAAUCUUAAUGCAUUGUACGAAGUCGGACAACUGUUUGCAAUGCAUGACCAGUUUUCAGACAUGAUUACUUAUGGAGUCAGAGGAGCUGCUAUAAUCAAGGAUCUCGUGAAUCCCGAUUGGAUGACCUGGGGAAAUGAUACAUAUAUUCUGGAUGCUUUAAGUAGUCAAGCGGGUGAACUGAAUGAUGCGUACAAUGUUGUUCUUUAUGGUGAUGAUACCCGUUAUCCGCCAUCUCCCAUGCAAAACGACUAUCCACCAGACUUGGCGCACUACUGGACUGGUCACAUUUGCUUGGCUAAUGAUUCAUCCGUGUGCCAAAACCGUGUGUACAACUCAUCUUUUGGCUUCUCUUCAUCCUUGGUGAAUUCUGGGUUGAUUCACCUGACUGAUCAGCUUGUCAAUUUGCUUUCAAACAGUGCAAUUGCUGCAGAUAACGACAACUUUGUCAGUGAUCCUAAUGUUGUUGCACUUUUUGACGCGGUGCUUGAGCCUGACUAUUUGGACGGAAUGACCCGAUGUCUGGACGAGACGUUGAUCCUCGGCAACUCAAUCAUCAAUAAUGCCACAGUCAGGUUCAUGGAGAAUUGCAUCGUUGAUAUGAUUGUUCGAUUACCAUUAUCAGUCAGAAACCUCCCGGAUGUGCACGACUUCAUGUCCAACUUACAAGGACAGGGCCCGAGUGAUUCAAAAGACUCAUUAGUUUCCAAGAAAGUGAUAUCUUUCCCAUGGUGGAAAAAACCUGCGAUUGACCAACCAGCACGCCAAGUUCCGUCAUCGACACAAGCUUCAUGGAACGCUCACCUCAGGAGGAAACACAAUGAUCAGAAGAAGCCAGUGAUAAAAACUGCUGAAGUCGAAACUCCUACUACUUUGCAGACAAUGGGAGUGGCAAGCGUUUCAAUGAUAAAGUCUGACAAUACACUGUCUCCCAAGGAAAGCCGGCCUCGGAUGCUGUCGUUUAGUGCCAAUAAUGGAGUGAUUAAAUCUGCAAGUUCUGAUGAAGACAAAGGUCUAGAUAUAGUUUGA